GUUGGUAAGUUGGUAAAAUUUAUAUGCCGGUUUUGAUACAACUCCAGAUUGAUUGAUUUUUUACUUUUCAAAUAAAUAAUUUUGAAUUUUUAAACAUGUUUGCGAUUAAACGAAUUGCUAAUACGCUCUCACGUACAGGAGUAAUCGCCCGUAACAAACAUACAUUACCAGAGUUACCAUACGAUUACAAAGCACUUGAGCCAAUAAUAAGUGCUGAAAUAAUGCAACUACAUCAUUCCAAACAUCACGCAACGUACGUUAACAAUUUAAACAUCGCUGAAGACAAAUUAAAAGAAGCUGUUGCCAAGGGUGAUGUCAACACACAAAUAGCUUUAGCUCCAGCAAUCAAAUUCAAUGGUGGCGGCCAUUUGAAUCACUCUAUUUUCUGGGCUAAUUUAUCACCCAGUUCCAGUAAACCUGAUGCCGCAUUAAUGAAAAAAAUAGAAACAGAUUUCACAAGUUUCGAUGAAAUGAAAAAACGUUUAUCUGAAUCUACUAUCGCGAUUCAAGGCUCUGGAUGGGGUUGGUUGGGAUACAAUCAGAAGGAUAAAAAAUUACAAAUAACAACUUGUGCUAAUCAAGAUCCACUUCAAGCAACAACUGGGUUGAUACCGCUCCUAGGUAUUGAUGUAUGGGAACAUGCUUAUUACUUGCAAUAUAAAAACGUCAGACCGGAUUAUGUAAAAGCUAUAUUUGAUAUUAUUAAUUGGAAUGAUGUCAGUGCUAGAUUUAAACAAGCUGGUGGUGCUUAAGUCAUUUUAUUAUAAUAUAUAUUAAUUAAUAUAUUAUAUUAUAUUAUUAAUCAUUUUUAUCAAUUUGAAUAAAUUAGUAAUAUUAAAAAAGAAAA